AUGGCUGCCAACGCGGACAGCAUGGACCUCGACUUCGACGACGAUGCCGAGAUCGCACGCAUGAACGCACAAGCCGCCGAGAUCAACGCGCUUCCCGACUUGGCGCAAGAGCAAGUGAAUGACAUGCAAGAUGUGAAUGGCGUUGAGGAGGGAGCCGAGGAGGGAGAGGUGGCCUCCAGCGAACCUGUCGCGACCAAGAUCUACAUUGAGGUCUCGAACGACUACACACUGACCUCCCAGGACCUGAGCAACCUCGCUCAGGACACCUACUACAGCGACGACUUCCGCGCCAUCGAGUGGAUCAACGACACUUCUGCCAAGAUUGCCUAUGCCACCGCCCACGCUGCCAACGAAGCCUUGAUCAAGCUGUCCGCCGAGCCUGCCAAUAGCCCACUCGACCUCCGCCGUGCCGUCAAGCUGACCACCCAUUCUCACGUUGAAUUGUUCGUUAGACAGGCCGUGGUGACUGACAUGAAGGAACCAGGUGCUGCCAAGCGAAGCAAGUUUUACGAUGCCCACCCAGCCUACCGGCCAGAUCACUCGUACCGGGGCCGUGGACCCAGACGUGGUGGAUUCGGCAGAGGAGGACCACGCCGAGGUGGACGAUAUGGCGGUAACAGCCGUCCAGGUUCAAGAGAAGGUCCUGAGUUCACCGAGAACCUAUACGAUGACGACGAGGCUUCUCUUGCAGCGAGGCGCGACUCCCAGAACAGGCGCGAGUCCGAGGGAGAUCUCUUUGCGGGCCGACGCCGAGAGCCACGCCGUCAAGAGGAAGAUUUGAUGGCAGGCAGAAACACUGGACGCCUUCGUGAUCGUAGCGCAUCGCCAUUGAGAGAUGGUGACGGUCGAUUUGGUUUCAGCGAGGACCAACCGCGGCGUCAGACAGCCCGUCGCCGCACCCCACCUCCACCACGGCACCGUUCCCGCGAUGACAACGAACAGUCUCGGAAGUCCAUGCGCCAAGACCUGUUCGCAGGCAAGAAGACCUCGACAGCUCUCACCAACGGUCAGAAUGGCGAUGCGACGGAGCUCUUUCCAUCGAAGGUGUCCAGAGGCAAGGAGCUAUUCCCCGAGAAAGUUGGCCAUAAGUAUGAAGACGAGGACGACAGUGACGCGAGCAGAGCGUUCAGCAGUUUCAACUUCCGCAAUCAGAGAGCUCCUGGUUCAUACGAGCCUGCAAGCCGCGCUGCCCAGAACGGACGCAACCGCAACGGCACUGGUCAGCCUGACCUCUUCGCUCGUGGCGGACCUGAUGGCGACCGUUCAGCUGACUUGCACACGGGGCUGGAUGGCACGUAUGACGACGGCUACUACGACAACGAAGGCUCCUACGACAACGGCGGCUCAUACGACAACGACCGCCGUGAUUCUGCUGGAGAUGGCGGUGAUUCUUCUUGGGACAGCUAUGGGCGCCAUGAUCAGCACCAGCACGACCAGCCUCGUCAAGUAGUCUGGUCUGAUGGAUAUGUUGAUGUCUCAUACGAGCAAUGUGAAGUCGACGAACCUCUAUCGGAGGAACAAGGCAACGGCGAUGAUUAUCAAGCUGGAUACGACUCUUCUCAGUACAACUACUCGGCUCAGGACGACCAGUACGACCAGCCUCGUCAGGUAGUGUGGUCUGAUGGAUACGUUGAGGUCGUCGACGCCCUCUCUGAGCAACGAGGCAACGGCGAUGAUUAUCAACAUGGAUACGACUCUCUUCAGUACAACGACUCGCCUCAAGACGAAUACCCACUUCAAGAGGAGUACCCACUUCAAGAGGAAUACCCCCCUGAAGAGCAAUACCCACUUCAAAACGAGUACCGAAUCCAAGACGGAUAUCAUCAUCAAGGCUACAGCGAUGACUACUACUACACCCACCAGCCCUCUAACUACGAUGGCGGCAACAGCUAUGCCUAG